UCAUUGCAAUUCAAAAGUUCGCCGAUUGUUUUGGCGCUUUUUUGUCAUUAUCCAUUCCAUCUGUGAUGUCUCGAAACAAAUAAAUUCUAAAAAGUGUUGCAAAUUAAGUAAUUUUUCUAGAGAAUAAACAGUCUUUUGCGACCGUAAAUAUGUCGGAAAAGAAAGACAAAAUUCCUCCUACCACCGAUGUGUCCAACACUCCAAAUGGUAAAAAAAUGAAACAAACACGAAUCCCAUUCAAGCCACUAGAAUCGAGUUCCAAAGAGGGUACGUCUUCGCCGGUUACUGGUGAAAGUAGGAAACGUAAAUUGUCGACCACCGAAGACGAUGAUCGUUCAAUGAAAUUGAGUAAAAUCGGCGCAGCCAAGGAAAAUAUCGCGAAAACGGAUGAAGUCACCGUGCUGGAUAUGGUUGAUUUAGUUGAGGACAUUGACAUGCCAGACAAUGAAAUCACUGCAAGUGAUGUACUCCCAAAAGAAACAAAGAAAUCAACAAAAGAUGUGGCUGCCGAGGGAACACCGCUGAGGCGAUCCAGCCGUAGAAUUGAUUCCGAAGUUCCAGCCAAAGUUGUCAUUAAAAUUCCGUCUGCGAAGAAAAAGAAAGUGAACGAGCGACCGAGUAAGGUGGUUGUUGAUGCGAAAAUUGAGGAAACCGACGAAGAUGACGACGUUAUUCUGAUCGAUAGUGAGGAAAAUUCGCUUAACAGUAUUGAUGGCAAAGAAAAGGGUGGCAAUGACAUCGUUCCGACUGAAGAUGAGAGCAGUUUUGUGUUGGAUGGUGACAGCGGUUCCAAUUCAAACAUCACUGAAUCGACUGAGCCUGUUGCGGUGAUUCCCAGUUUCGACGCAGCUGAUUCGAAUGUCACUUCCUCGGACAAUCAUGAAUCUGAUGUAGCUGUUGAAAAAGAAGUCAAUGUUGUUCCCGACAGUGAAAGUGAAAAUGUUUCUAUCGUGGAAGCUGAUAUUAACCAAUUGGAUGCAACGGUCGCUGGGGAAGAAAAAGUAUCGUCGAGCAGUGCUUUGAGCGUUAGUGACAAAAUUGAUGAAAGCCAUGGCAAGGAAGAAACCUUAUUGGCUAGUGCCAAUGAAGCAAAUUCUUCGGACUUGGAGAGUAACGUGGAUAACAACCGUGAAACUGAAAUGGAUACAGAUUUUGACCAGAGCAAAGUGUCGACUCCUACUUCAUCAAAAGUUGGAAGACGAACACGCAAAUCAGUGGACGCUAUGAAUUCUCCGAAAACGCCUGCCAUGAAGACUACCGAUAAGAAUGCGUUGACCCCAAAACAGAUGCAGAAAAAAUUGGAAUCGGAACAGAAGCGUAUGGCGAAGGAAAAGGCCAAAGAAGAGCGUGAACGGAAAAUCCAGGAGGCCAAAGAAGAGCGUGAACGAAAAAUCCUGGAGGCCAAGGAAGAACGUGAACGGAAAAUACAGGAAGCGAAAGAGGAACGUGAACGUAAGAUCCAAGAGGAAAAAGAGCAGCGUCAAAAAGAACGCGACGAAAAAGAGAGAAUAAAGAAGAAAGAACGCGAUGACAAAGAAGAGCAAAAACGUAAGGAACGGGAAGACAAGGAGGAACAACGUCGCAAGGAAAAGGAGGAGCGUGAGAAGAAGAAGCAAGCGGAAAUUGAUGCUAAAAACGAAGAGAAACGACUAAAAGAGGAGGAAAGAGUCGCAAAAGAGGAGGCCGAACUGAAGAAGAAACGCAAGGAGGCUGAAGCUUUUACGAAAUUCUUCGCCAAGAAAUCGAAUAAGUCAAGCGAAUACGAUAAAAUGGAUGUGGACGACGUUGAGGUUACGCUGAACUUUAUGCCAUUUCGAGUCAAACCUGAUAUGCGAUUGGCGCCCAUUGUUCGUCGCCAGCUUUCACCAACAAGAAAAUCACAAUUCGACGGGGAAGUCCUCAAUUCGACAGAAAGCCGUCCUACAACCGAUCUAUACAUUCAAUCUCUACGCAAUGGUGGGCGUACGACAGAAAAGCAAGGAAAAACCUGGCCCAGCGAGGACAACAACGAUGAUGUGAUAUUAUUGGAUGAAUUGGAAGGCUCAACGUCGAUCGAAGAAUCAUCAGCCAUUCAGAAGUAUCGAGCUAAAUUUUUCAAAUUCGAAGAAAAUCGGCGACCACCGUAUUACGGUACAUGGCAAAAGAAAAGUUCUGUGAUCACUCCACGCAGACCGUUUGCAACCGAUGAGAAGUUCUUCGAUUACGAAAUUGACUCGGAUGACGAAUGGGAAGAUGAGGAGCCGGGCGAGUCACUUCAUGGCAGCGAUGAUGAGAAAGACAAAGAAUCCGAUGACGACUAUGACAUCGAUAACGAAUUCUUUGUACCACACGGCCAUUUAAGUGACGAAGAACUGGCGAAUAAUGACGAAAUCGACGAAGACAAUUCACCGGACACCCAGAAGGCUAAGCUGAAAAUUAUGCAGAAAGUCUUUUCCGACGAAAUGAAAAAGAAAACGGAAAAGAUCAAGCCUCGACUGAUCGGUUUAAUUUGGCAGAACAAGGAUGGCAAUCAACCACUGGGAUGUCCAAGUGUUAUAUGGGAAAUGUUGCUGAUGCGAUCGAUGAUUUUCAACGGUCCCACGAUAAAAAUGCCGAUCAUUCAGAGUGUUGAGAAAAACGAUGCUACUGAUGACAACGGGGAAGCUAAGAAAGGCUCUGCUGUGAAGAAACGCAUUAAGUUAGCCGAAGAAAGCGUGCCCGAUCUUCUACGUUUGAUUCAUGGCAAUACCAACAGUAGCGAAUUUCUAUCGAAGGAAUUUCGCGCAUUUACCGCCCAGAAAAACAAGGACGACGACAAAUUCCAAGAGUUUUCGCUGACCAGUAUUCGACUGAAAAUCAAAGAACUGGCUGAAUGGAAACCAUGCCCUGAAGAAGGUCCAAUGAUGAACAAAUUGUGCUGGUAUGUGGCCAGCGAACAGCGUAAACACUACAACCUGGAAGACUUGUCGGUAAUAAACGAUUGGACGUACACGUUAACGCCCAAAUCGAAAACAAAAUCAGAAUCGAAAAAAGCGAAGGAAAAUGAAAAAGUUAAACCUCCACCGGAUGCACCCGAUGAGCCUCCAUCGUCUGCGAAGACGCCAAAAUCAAAAUUGGGCAACAUCGAGAAAUUUACUAAAGUUCUGUCCGACGAUGACAAAAAGAAAAAUUUCUCGAUCGUUCAAGAAGACGUUCCUUCAGCGAAACCGAAAACCGAUGCAGAACCAUCUCCGAAACCGGCUAAAAAACGAGUGAAAUUACUGAUGUCCGUACCGCGCGGUCAAGAGAUUCCCGUUCAAACGAAAAAUUCGUUGAUCAGUCAAUAUCUCAGCAGCACGAAUGCGAGCAAAAAAUCUACGAAUGCUGAGGAACCGAUCUGCAUCGAUGAUUAAAUGUUCGUUGCGAUGCAAGUUGGGGGUGCUUAGGAAGCAACUAAGUUACAGUGAGUGUUUCGUGCGUAAGUUUUUCUGUAAAUUUAUUUAGCAUUCGACUCAACACAUUUCAUUUCGUCGAAUAAAUUGUUGAUGUUGGGCCUUAAUUCAAA